AUUCGAAGAGAAGGAGAAAAAUCUGCAAAGAAAAAUGUUGCAAUUUAACUAGUUUCCGUGACAUUUUUAGCAAUUAAUUAGCUUUAAGUUUGUAAAUAUGGUGUCGAUAAUUAAGAAUCAGCUGCUGAAACAUCUCUCGAGAUAUUGCAAAAACUUGUCAGCUGAUAAGAUAAAUCUGAACACAUUACGAGGCGAAGGAGAGCUUUCGAACUUGCAAUUAGACGAAGAAGUGCUCACAGAUUUGCUCGAAUUGCCGACAUGGCUCCGUUUGACGAACGCUUGGUGCAAUCACGUCGCGAUCCGCAUUUCGUGGACCAAAUUAAAAAGUGUCCCGAUCACAUUGACGUUGGAUGAGGUCAACAUUAGUGUCGAAACUUGCGAAGUUAUGCGCACGGGAACGACGCCAACUGGAAAUAAUUCACUUUCGGCACCCAUGGGGAAAUACAGUUUCAUCCACAAAGUCAUCGACGGCAUCACAAUCGUCGUGAAUACGGUGAAUAUUCGCUUCAAAAGUCCCGCUUUCACGGCUUCCGUGCAAAUGUCACGAAUUCGCGUCGAAUCACGAACUCCAAAAUGGCAAGCAGGCGACUUACAUUUCACACGUUUGAAGGAUCCCUCAAAGGGACACUUGCUAAUUUUCAAGGAAAUGUUAUGGCAAACCGUCAGAAUCGAAGCAAGUUCAACGCAAGACUCGAGUUUGACGCCUUUGCGACUUCUUACGAACCAAGCUCGUUGCCGCAUUACGAUAAAAAAGAAAAUGUCGGAUUGCAGUGUCAUCUCGUCGCGUCUCGUGAUCAUCCUUGACGACCUUUUGUGGGUUCUAACGGACUCCCAGCUCAAAGCAGCGCUUCAUUUCAUCGAUUCGCUGUCAGGUUUGAUCCAAUCUGCCACGAAAGAAACGCAAAAAUUGAAAGCGCAGCGAAAAUUGGAGACUUUGCCCGAAUAUCAGGCACAAAUGGCGCAAUCCACACGCUCAGAUCCGUCGCAGCAAAACCAAUCCGUACUCCAAAAGUCAUUUAAUGCAUUCGAUGUGCGCGAAACUUCGUACCAUUUCUUCUCGCAGCGCAUCGAUUUACAUUUGUGUGAUGAUCCGGGAGACGGGCGAUCGAGUUAUCCAUCGUUAAAAGACGGCGGCGCUCUUCAGAUUUCCGUGACAGGCUUCCAAGUCGAUUUUUAUCCGUAUCAUUUGGCGAAAACAAGUCGCGCGCAUUGGCCAAAGUAUCGGGAAGCGAAUGUACCGCCCGCAAUGUGGCUUGAACAGUCGUUAAAUGCGUUUAGAGAAGCUCUUUUGACACUCGGGCAGCCGAAUCGAACGACGCAUGCACCUUUGGAGAGGGCACAAAACCCGAAUCCCUUCGUUAGUCAACCAACAACUCCUCAAACUCCGACAAGCGGGGCAGGAACGCCGCAAGGAUCAGCUGUUUCAUCGCCAAUUAAGCGCAAUAUCUUGGAUAAUUUGGCAAAAUUGAUGUCGGCUUGCGUUAUUUUACGCGUGGAGGAUUUUACGUUGUAUCGUGUGACGACAUCCGGGAAGAAGCAGAUGCCGAAGGAGUUUAUUUCAGCUCAACAUAAGAGGAAAGGAAAAACAGGAGACAAGGAUCGAUAUUCAUUUCCGCCCGACAUGUCGACAAUUCAUGCGGAAUUUACUUAUUUUUACUAUCCUGGAGAUUUUGUGUUUCCAUUACCGCCAUCGAAAGCUUAUGUUCAUGUAAAUCCGAUCCAGAUAAAUUUCGAUCUCGAUAGUUGUUUGUGGCUCAAUUCAUUCGCGUUAAAUUUACAUGAAAGCUUACUUCGUACCAAAAUGGCGGACAAUAUGAACUCUCCUUCAAGCGGAAAUGAGCCCAGUUUGAUGUACAUGGAUGUAAAAUUGGAAGCAAUUAUGCCGCGCGUCGUUAUUGAAGCACGAGCUGAUACGCCAAAUCAACGAGAUCGCCCACGAACGAUGCAAAUUCAAGUCUCCCGUUUUGCCAUUACCAAUAUUCGUGAGAUGGGAGCAUCACGAGCGGAUUUGGCGCAAGCUUUGUCGUCGUUGCAAGAAGGCUCUUUGGUGUUUGGAUCGGGAUUUCCGUCGAAACAUGGCGAUAUGUGCAUCGUUACUGAUCGAAUUUUAUCGCAUGUUGCUGCGACAGAUAUGACCACAAAUGCGGGCGAAAGUCCUCCAGCUUCGGCAUCAUCUUCAGCAGCAAGUCAAUUGACGCGUUACGCUUUGUGGGCUGAACCACGUGACGUUUGGUGUGUCAAACUGGAUCCCGUGUGGGUAGAUUUCCUCGGAGUUCGAUCGAUUGGAGUCAAUCGAGCGACGCCAUUUAUCGAUGCGGUUCCUAUUACGCUUUGGAUUCACGGAAAAUCCACAGAACCCUUCCCGGACAAGAUUUUCGAGCACAAAUCUGACUUUUUGUUUGAUAAUCCGCCUCCGCAACCACCGAAGAGGGACGGUUUGAUCUUGUCUGUCGCUGGAUUGCAACAAAAUUCGAACGAAAAUGACGUCGCAAAGAAAAAUUUGGCAAAUAAACCCGUAAUUUUGAACGGAAAUGAGCAAAAAACGAAGGAAAAAACGGAAAAAGAUCAAAAUAUGGCGGAUUUACAUGUCAUUGCGCACGUUUCGAAUCUCGUAAGCAUCCAAGUUGACCAUUACCAACUCUUGUUUUUGCUGCGAUUCGCGGAAGAAAUCACCGAACUGACAACUUUCUUGUCUGUCGACGCGAAACGCAUCAUGAAGGACAAAAAUACAGACAAUUCCAUCAUCAUCGGUUGUGUCAUACCCCAAGUAGAAGUCUCUCUAAUCAUGCCAUCCAUGUCGCCGGGCAAGGAAUCAUCGGGCGGCGAUGCGGAAAGUGUCUUGCCCGAUUCCGCAAGUCUCGGCGAUGAACUCUCAAAUUGGCCUCAGCAACAAUCCUCCUUGGAUCUCGUCAAAAAUUCGAAUAUUUUUAACAGUAUCGAUACCCCAUCACCCGUUACGGAUGCUCCCGUGCAAUCUAUCCCCAAUGCCCAUGGACACAAUGUUCAAAUUCAAACGCCUUCGAGCAAACCAACACCUGAUUCGAGCCAAAAAACGACUCCGAAGCUCGAAAAAUCAAAUCGCAUCAUGACAGCACUGCAAGGAGGGCAGAAAGCAGGCGCCCAACAAAUCGGCAAAGAGCUGAAUUCGAGUAUAAUUUCGAUGAAGAAGGGAUUUUCGAAUUUUAUGACGUCAAUUGAUUCGGCGCUGAAAACUUCGACGGAUGAUAUUUCCGAUACAAUUUCCAUUCAUUCGGAUUACAGCUCGGAUAGUGAGAAUUUUAUCAUGAUUAUGGGAGAUGAGAAGACGACAGAUUGCAUGGAUGUGAUGUUUAAGUUGAAUCCGUUUGGGACAGAUGCGAAAAUAGCGCCCGUGGAACAGGCGACGGAGUGUAUUGAAGAAGAGGACUCGUCGCCGUCAGAACCCUCGGAGGCAAGUAGUUUACGGAGGAGGGAUUUGGUGUCGAUGGCGACUUUUAGACUUACCACAGUAGAAUUAAUCCGACAAAAUAAAGGCUCCUCUUCCAGCAUGCGAGUUCAGGUCUCAACUUUAACAUGUGAUGAAUGCGGCGCUAUUCCAUGGGAUGAAUUUCAGACGAAAUUUGGUGCGCGUUGUCGAGCAUGGAACAUUGCGCCGCACAAUCCCGAAGCGCCGCCAAGCAUCGCCUUGCGUCUCGAGGAAGACAUUCACACGCCCGAGAACGUCAGCAGCCUCACAUUAGAUAGAAAAACAAUUUUGUCGUGGUUUCAGCGCAAAGUCAAUAUUCGCGUGAAAGAUCUUUCGCUCACGAUGUCCAUGAGCACCGCAACGGGCUUGAGCGAUCUCGCGGAAGACGAAGUCCUGCCCACGCCUCUUCCAAUGGAAAUUGACUUGGAAAAUGUCAAAAUUCACCUUAACGAAGACCGUCCUCCUGUUAAUAUUACCUCACCGGGACCCGUGCCCAUCGACUUGAGCAUCGGCAAAAUGCGAAUAACGCGCGAUGCUGCGGGAAUUUUUUACAUUCAACCGAAAAUCGUGACGGAAAAUCACGUGGGCGCAUAUGUGCCGGAAAAGGAUAAAGAAUUGUUGGCAUUGCAUGUCGUCAUGCAGCAGCUAAAGAUCGAUAAUGACAGCUUACGGAAGCAAAUGGCGACGAUUGAGAGGAGAUUUGACAGGGAAAGAAAUAUUGCCAAAGAAGAAACUGACGUCUUAAAGACAUGUUUAAAGAUCGCGCAGGAUGACAUUGCCUCAUUACUCGAGGAAAAAAGUUCAUUAAUGGACACAAUUAAAGCAUUGCAGUCUCAACUCACCGCGACAGAAAUCCAUCUUCACAAAGAUGGUCGAAGGUAGCGACACAACUGCAACAUCAUCGACUGCAUUCAUUGUUGUGCCGAUAGACCAUUUUGAAUUAAGUUAAAUCUAGUUUUUUUUUUACAAAUUUCAUUUUUGUAUAAAUUUCAAAUAAUUUUUAAUGAAAAAAUUUGUGCAGCCAUAAUGUUAAAGUAUUAUAAAUAGACCUGUAAGACGACAAAAUAGUACUUUUUCAUUCCAAAUUUACCGUGAAAGAGCCUAAAGUCAUUAUUCACUCCUAAUUCUAUUGAAAAAAAAAAAUUAAAAUUUAAUAGUAUUAAAAAAAUAUAUUGAAAAAUAUU